AACACAUGGAGCCAUUUAUUGCUGAAGAAUCCUACAUCGAGUCAUACUACUAGUGCCUGACUGAGUUUAUGCACAUUCACACAGCAAUCGACGGAGAUGAAAGACGGAGAAAUUUGAAUACUAUUCGACUGUGAUUGUUGUCGCAGAAGACUCCGUGCAUGUGUUGUUGUUCGACAGGCCUGCACUCAAUAUUCGAAGGUCUCGCAUAGAGACAAACACUCGAUGAGGCUUCGUACCAACACCGGAUGUGUGUGUUGAAUCACGAUUGUGUUCUCUGUCGCCGACCGAGUGGGGAGAACAAUAGUUAAAAAAACGAGCAAAAGUCCGCCUUUAUCCGUUAUUUGCAACUCAAAAUCUAGCACUUCUGUCGCCGCUUGCAUCGAAAUUGAAGCACGAGUGCACCUAGGUCUGUAUUUUACUAAGACGGAGAAAACCUAGACUGAGAGAAAUCCAAAUACAUCGUCUGCGUGUGUCUAACUUAUCCUCCAAGAACCUGCUGUAUGACUUAGAAAAGAUGAUACUCGUCUUGAUGUCGUAGCUUGUUCCGUGUAGCGGCGUUGUGUGAAUAUAAGUACUGCAAACCAAUGUUGAUAAAAGAAAGGAUUAAGCCUACGACCACGAGCAAGAAUAAGAUGAAUGAAAAAAUCAUGUUGUGACGAUCGUGUCAUAAGUCACGCGGCGCCCUGAGCGGCGCAGCUCUACCUCUCCGACAAUACUAUCCACCGAGUAGCAGCCGACAACGAACUUUUCCACGACGACAGAUAGUUCCUUUGAAGAACCCACAAAAGAUAGAAGCAGCGACAGUUUCGAGUACGCGAAGGAAGCAGUUGAUAUCAACUGCUACUCAUCAACAAUCGCGGAGCACACAGCUACGAUUCAACUGUCAGCUAAGAACCGUGCAUAUCUUCGUCCAGCAGAACUUCUUUACCAGAGUGGAGACAGGAGACCACCAAUCGUCGCUUAGGGACCCUAGGUGAUAUACCUUAGAAGUCAGAGCCACGCUUGCUUCUUCGAGUCGUCCGCGAACGCUAGUAGACUAGUAGGUCGAGAAUUUAGUACCUGCCUCUUCGCAUUCGAGCAUUUAGUACCAGUGAACUGCUGAGUUUGCCUUAUCGCGACUGACGAGCAAGUAGCUAAGGAGAAGUAAUACUAGUCACGACUGCGGACAACUGAAGAGAUAGAAGGUACUGCAGCCCCCGCUGCGACCUGUCCUCCCUGCGUCAUCAUAUCACUGCAGCGAUAUCGCGCUUGGGCAGACAAACUUGUUUCGAUAACGAACAAAAGACCUUCAUCGCAACACCUUUGCCUCUCUGUCCAACUCGGAUACGACGUGGAGAUAAAAACAGCUAAAUAAGCAUAGAAGACUUCUCAACAGAAGUCUCGAAGAACGAAAAGAUGAGUGAAGAAAUCGACAGGCACAUCUUGCGAAAGUACGAUGUCGUGCAAAAGCUUGGGAAGGGCGCGUACUUUUACUAUUUUACUAGUAGAGAGUAAAUGUAGAGUAGAUGUAGAUCAGGAUCAUUCAAUAAAUUUGUUUGUGAGAAAUACAGAAACGACGAAUAGUAUACUUACAGUGAGUAUACAACUAUCAUUAAACAACAGGUACGGCAUCGUAUGGAAGGCAAUUGACAAGAAAAGUCGAGACGUAGUUGCGUUAAAAAAAUGCUACGAUGCUUUCCAGAACGCCACAGAUGCCCAGAGGACGUUUCGGGAAAUCAUGUUUCUGCAGGGUAUUCUAAUUCUUUAGAAAUCUUCAAUAUUAUAUCUUGAGAACCAUGACGACUACUGCAAACAUUAUACUUCGUCAAAAGAGCCGCUUCAUCCAAAAUUCCACAACAAAUUUUCGCAGAACUCUCCGGACACGAAAAUAUAGUACAUUUGAUCAACGUCUUGAAAGCGGACAACGAUAGGGAUAUCUAUAUCGUCACCGACUACAUGGAGAGUGACCUCCAUGCGGUGAUAAGAGCAAACAUUUUGGAGGAGAUACACAAGCAAUAUAUCAUGUACCUUUUUAUUUGAGCAUGGAUAAGGUCAAUGUAGAUUGUUGGGAAGUUUUCACAUCAAGAUGUUUUCUUCAUUUCGCUGGAUAUGACAUACUUUGGUAAAACAAGAGCAGCAACAACCUUCUUGAUAGACUUGUUGGGACAAGCACCACCGAAAUUUUUCCUCACCCUCAACAACUAUCAGAUGGUUCAACCUCAACUCUUGAUCCUCAACAGCUACCAAAUGCUUCGGUGUUUGAAGUACAUGCACACAGGGAAAAUGCUUCAUAGGGACAUCAAGCCGUCCAAUAUCCUGCUCAAUUCGGACUGCCUUGUCAAGGUACUAGAUUUGGUCAUGAACAAGGUGUUUCAGAUGUUGAUCGCUGUGUUAAAAGUGAGAUUGUCAUCGUCAUCUUGUCUCCUUUUCCUCUGCCUAGUACAACGAGCUCUAAUAUAAUGCUCAUCCCGUGGCCGUCUUUGUUGUAUCUUCCAGUUCCAUCUUCAUUCCUAAAAACAUGAUAAAGGUCUGCGAUUUCGGUCUAGCACGCACGGCUUCGCAAUUGACGCAGGAGAAUAGUAAUGCGCCAGUGUUGACGGACUACGUCGCAACUAGAUGGUACAGAGCGCCAGAGAUCUUGUUGGGAAGCACCAGCUACACUUAAGGCUUCAGCAUCACUUACAAUUAGUCCUGAAGAUGAGAGGCAUCUUGGAGAUGCCUUGGGUCCCAAGGGGAAGGAGCGCCAAAGAUGCUUGCUCUCCAAGUGAUGAAUUUGAAUUGAGGUCGUAAACUCUAAUACACCUAUGGCGUGGAUAUUUGGGCAGUCGGGUGUAUACUGGGAGAGCUGCUGAAUGGGAAGCCUAUCUUCCCAGGAAGCUCAACUAUGAAUCAACUGGAUAGGAUAUUAGAGGUACUUCUUACACAUGAUGAUUACAACUUGUAGACUUGUAGGCUGUAGGAUAGGAUACUAGAGGUACUUACACAUGAUGAUACAUGAACUUGUAGACUGUAGACUGUAAGACCACUGCAGGAUACUACACUGUAGGAUAGGAUAUUAGAGGUACUUUUACAUGUAGUGUCUCACAGCAUCUUGUUGCACCACGAUUUUAGGUGACCGGCAGGCCAUCAGCAGAGGACGUUGCGGCGUUACAGAGUCCAUUUGCUGAAACAAUGCUCGAGUCUCUUCCAAGCAAUAGGCAUAGGACACUAGACACGAACCGAUUCAAUUAAGGCUUACCACCACAUUGCAUCCUGCACUAGGAUCCUAAUGUUAGCUUGUUUUUCGCUGGGGAUGAUCUGCGGUAGGUAGAUUUCCUUCCACAGAUCAUCCUUUCCGCUUGGGAAAGAAGUCAAGCAGGAUGAUCUAGAGAAUGCAAUGCGGCAACCUCUAAAUUCAAGAGAUGUUUCCAUCGGCGAGCCCAGAGGCUUUAGGCUUCUUGAAGGAGUGUUUGAGGUUUAACCCACAAAAACGAAUUUCCGCCGAAAAAAGUCUACAUCAUGCGUACUAUAGUAGAUGAUUUGUGAGCAAGGAGGGAAUUCCUUCAAUAGAGAAUCAUCAUCCUACACUCCAAAUGUAAAUUUUGGACUAGCGAAGGUUUAGGUCCAGCGACGCUCAAAGCACUUAAAUAUACAGCCGGCUUGUUUUCCUCUUUCUACUUUCAGGCUAUCCCUUCAUGCUAAUCCUUAUGUAAAUUUUGGAAUCCGAAAAGGGAAGAAACUUCAACCGUUUCAGCUGCCAUCGAUCCUAUCAAUGUUAUCCUAACAGGUACGUAGCCCAGUUUCACAACCCCAGUGACGAGCCAAAUUGCCCAAAGCCAAUAGCGAUCCAGUUGGAUGACAACACAAAACUGGGUGUCUCAGACUAUCGAGACAAGCUUUAUCAGGAGGUCAUAAAACGGCGGAAAGAAGACCGAAAGGAUCGACCACAGAGCAGCUAUGAUGGGUAUUGUGAUUUAGAUGACUUUAUAGGAGUUAUGAUAUUUUUGGAUAGGAGAAACUUGUUGAGGUAGUGGUUUACAAAUAAGGACUUAUCGAUCAUUGCUAGCUCAGAAGUUCCAUGACAGAAGAUUACUUAUCAUGUGGACCGACCCUCAACAAUGAAAAUAUGUUAACUUUCCACAAAAAUCAACACGAACAACAGCAACGGCGGUAGCUCACAGGCAAAUGGUAGGCCUAGCAGCCAGGCUCAGCGAAAAUCUAGUUCUAGUGAUUGGGAUAAGGUGGAGAGUAGGAGUCAGCCGGGUCGCUUUUACUACGUGAACAGACGCACCGGCGCCAAGCAAUGGGAACGACCCGAAGGGCUGUAG